AUGCGCAUGACCAUGCCUACGUGUCCUCAGUCACCCCAGUUGCAGUCUGGCAGACCUCCAGCGAGUCGUGGCGCAAAGCGGCUUCGUUCAGAGAGCCCGACUCGGUCAUCCCGUGAGGCGGUGAAGCGAACGAAAGCCUUGAACCUCACCUCUGCCUUGUUUGCACCGGGCGGUAUCCUCGAUAGUCAGACAACCGACUCUCAGUAUGUCCGUGGUCUGGGAGACGGCGAUACGGAUGGGCCCGAACGUGGUCUAUGUUCAAGGGGUACUCCACGACCACGAACACCUUCACCACCAGUGUUCGGAGAACCGUCGCGGCCAGCACCUACCUUUCAUAGCGUGAAGUCAUCAGGGAAACAGGCUGGGGCAACGUCUGUAGCCGAUGAUGAGCCAGUUUUGUUGCCCAGUGCUGAGCUAGCUGAAGCCUUGGCUAAGGAGAGCCUGGGAAGCAUCAAGGACCUCCUUCUCAACCUUGUCGAACACGUAUUUGACAACCGUAUUCAUGCGUUGGAGAAGCGUUUGGACGAAGAGUGGGAGCGGAGCUACAUGCUGAGAAGUGAUAAUAGGUUUAUGACGGCUACCAUCGAUGAGUUGCAGGCAACUUUGGCCAACUGUACGUGCAACAGUAUGUCUCGCUUCGCUCCGACCUUACCAGGUAGUCAGUACCCGGGCUCCCCAACUCCCAGUGCGUCUUCGAGGGUUGCAGAUGAGUACUAG